CGCCGCCGUUCCCAGAGGCGGUGCUGCUCCGGGGCCUGGGGCAAAGCCGCCGGCGGGGCCUGGAGGGCCGGGGUCGCCCAGCGGCGCCGUGUACCCGCUGCGGCCGGGCCGCGUCGGGCACGGGCAUCCCCGGGCUGGGGGACGGAUCCUCCUCCCGGGCCCCACCACAUGCGGUCCCCAGGACAACUGCGACCGGUCGCGUGUCUCCCUCAGCGGGAUGGCAGCGGGGUGGCCAGGGGCGAUAAGAACGUGGGUGGGGGUGGAACGGAGUGUUUUAGGAGACAUCUGCCCCACCGCAGGUAUCGUGCUGUGGCGGCAGAUUCGCGGGGGCACACGCUUCUCAGGACAGUGUCAGGAUAUGCAGGGCGGUGUCUGAGGAUGAACCAGGCUCUGCUCGGUGGGGCUCAGGAAUGUGACAGGAGGCAAUGGACAGGAACUGAUGCCCAGGAAAUUCCACCUGAACAUGAAGAAGAAUUUCUUCCGUUAGUGACCAGGUACUGGGACAGAUUGUACAGUGAGGCUGUGCAGUCUCCCUCUCUGGAGGUAUUCCGGAACCAUUUGGACAUAAUCCUCUGCCAUGUGCUCUGGAAUGACCCUGCCUGAGCGGGGAGGUGGAAUCAAAGGGCCUCCUGUGGUCUCUCCAACCUGACCCGGUCUGUGGCCCUGUGACAGGCACGUUGUUGAGAUGGAGCUGCUUUCGCUCGUCUCCGGAGGUUCCCGGGACCUCGCGCUGCCGCCGAUCGGCCGAGGGGGCUCUGGGCUGCUGCCCUGCCCUCAGCGCUCUCGGCAUCGGCGGGGGCCGAACGAGUCUGCCUGGAUCGUGUGUUGGUCACCACCUCCCUUUGCCUGCACCUGCUUCCGACACAAAGAUGUUUCGUGUUUUCCCUCCCAGUCUGGUGGUGCUCCUCUUGGGAGCUGGAACUUCCUUCUUUGCAAAGGGCUCUCCAGUUCCUGUUUGCUGUUUGCUGUCCUGCUGUACGAAGAGCCAGGAGAUGUUUGUGCUGGAGGGGCGGGGAGCAGCAAUGAACGGCGGGCACAGGCCGCUCGGUUCUGGAGCCUGAACCAGGGUCUAAAUCCUCUGCAUGGGUUUUAGGUCAAGGUGACUGUUACAUGCUCCAGGUCAUACUAUAUUAAGAACAUUUAUUGCACUUGGAGUUUAAUUUUGAGAUUAGAGAAGGCUACAAGGUGCUGAUUAUGUCCCUGUUCCCCAGCAUCUGACAGAUUUUUGUUCCACAAAACACUUGAUUCACAGGUAAUGCGUCUGAAAAAUGCUAAAGCUUUCUUUGCUCACCUGUCCACAAAGGGUGUACUAAUUAAAUCAGAAUGAAUUUUAAGUCUGUGAAUGAGUGCCUCAGAGUAGAUGUGCCUCCAUUCCAGGAGACUGUGAAUAGUGAUAAUGUAGAUGAAAUUGUAAAGCUCUUGCCAUAUUUCAGAAUGUGUGGUGAAGGAUUUGCUUCCUGCUCUCCUGUAUUCAAAACCUGCAUAUUCCUUUCAUUUUACUGCUAGCUGUUUGAAAGCUCACCAGUGGAAUGUGAUUGGAAUGUGGUUGUCACUACCCUGUAAUCUAGAAGUUUGAUUAAAGGGGUUCAGCUUUUAAGAGAGUGGUUAAAUAGACUUACAUCAGUUAGGUAUUCCCUGUUUGGUUGCUGUCAGAAAUAUAGAAAAUUAAAGUGUAAAAAUUCCUUGUGAAGUUUGGAGCAUGGAUAAUUGCACAUGUUAACUAUAAAUACAGGACAUAGUUUCUCACCACAUGUCAGUAUGAUUUACUAGCAAGACACAGCACUAGGGCAUAGGUACUACCACUGUUCUUACAAUAUAUAACUUUCUAUAUCAAUGGAUAAAAAGUACAGAAAGGGAAAAUUCCUGUACUGCAAGGCAGUCCAUUAGUGGGAUUUGAUGUCUUGUGAGUUUAGAGUGAGUCAAGGAAUAGCCAAAUGAGACCUGACCUAGCAUGGGUUGGUAUGGAAAGCCUGUGGUCUAGAACCUGAAUUAUUUCUGGCACUAUGCAAAUGUCUUUAAAACAACCCCACUCUCAGGAUUGUGCAGUCAAAGGGGUUGCUGGUCCUGUUGGCACUUGUAUAUGCUUCUGUUUAUUAGCAGGGUGUUCUCAUAGAAAGUUUGGCGCUGGCAGCAGCUAAAUAACACAAUCAAUAUUUUAAUAAACAGUUUGUGCUUAUGGUGUUUGUGUAAUUGUUUCUUAUGUAAUCCUCAGUUUAUAUGUGUGUAAAUUUCAGGAGUGUUCUUAGGGAAAUUAGUCAAGGUAUUCUGUUAUAUGUUUGGUAUUGCAGAGGAAGACACUACUUAGCAAAUCUCCUUAAGCGGCUGUUAGCUAUUGAUUUAUUAUGUUUUGGUUUUUAGUAGUUACCGGAGUUUUUUCUCGUAUUUGAAGGUAGUCAUGUAGUUUCUGACUCACUCGUGUCAUGGGACUUCUGCUGAUGUGUUCUACCCAUUCUUAAAAUUUGGAGCCAAUUCAUUAUCUAAUUUUUAAGUCUCAUGCUGUAAUUCUUGAAGCAAUCAUCCUCUUUCUGUUUAAUUCAGUAGAGGAAGCAGAGGUUUUAAACAUAUUGAGGUUGUCUGUUUUCACUAAACUAGAUGGAGAGGAGCAAUUCUAGCUGCUGUCUCUCAAGAAGUGUUGUGCUUUCAGCAGCUGAUCAGGCUGUGUGUGCCAGAGCUCACACUGGAGCUGUGUCCUGUCCAGCUGGCAGGCAGAAAUCAUGGGAAGAAGCUGCAGUUUGGAUUAGCAUGGGGUGCAGGAACAGCAGGGAACCAGAGGUGUUGGUUGUGAGGUGACUGAAGACCUUGAGGGAUGGGAAGGAGGUGCUGAGAUGGUGGCUGGGGAGAAGGGAAGGAACACAGGUAGAAGUCCAUAGAAGAAAGUAGAUUUUUGAUAAUCUGUGUAAGAACAUAAUGUUGUGACUGGAUGAAUUAAAGAAUCAUAAACAGGAGGAACCAUUUAAAAUUUUCAAAGUUCUGAUUGUGAAGAUUUGAUUUUGAUGCAAUUUUAUAUACAAAUUAAGAAUUUUUAUAACUUGUGAUAUAUACUGAGGUCAAUUCUAAAAUGUUAAAAGCUUAAGUGAGUACCCUGGAAAUGAGAAACAAGCUACAAUACAGUUUUUUGCUGUAUUAUAAAGACAAAGGUACUUCUUAAAAACUAGAUAGAUUGUAAAGUUUGAAAGUGUGACACAGUUUUUAGGAGCUUGCUUAAUAUAUGAGUUUGGCAGUGUUCAAGGCUCAAUAAUUCUAUCACAAUAAAAUUUUAACCUGACAAGGAUCAAAUAUCAGAUAAUAAGAUUUUUGUAUUAGCUUUUUAUUGCAAGAAAGUAAAAGAAAUGCACACAAAGUAAAGAAAUGCACAGUCUUUCCUAAAACUUCCAGUCCUGGUAUGAACCAUGGCAAAAUUGAGCAUGACAGUCUUGUCCAUUUUUCAGUCUGGCUUACUGUAGUGUAAAUAUAGCUAGGGAAAAAUUUUAAAUGAAGACUAUAUAAAAAGAGAGUAUGAUCAUUCACUUGCAUUUAAGGCAGAUUAUACCAUGGCAACUUCUGAACACUUGGGAAGUCCCAAACUCUGGAUUGUUUGAUUGCUGAUUGGAUAGAAAGGGUUUCUUGAGUAUUUGGUUUAUGUUCUUCGUAUUACUUACUGGCCAAUCUGUUUUCUCUUUAAAAACUUCAUCUUUCAUAAUCUCUUUAAAUUUAGACUAUUUGUUGAUGCUGUUCUUACACUGAUGUGCCCUGAGCAGUUUGCAGUCCCUGCUCUGAUCAGUAAAAUAAACUAGUGCACAUUUAUAUAUCUUUUCCUAAUAGAAUAUAAAACAAAGGAAGUAUAGACUACUGUAAAAGGCAGCAUAAGGCGGGGUAAUAGGCUCUGUUUAUAUAAACAACCCAUCACAGAACUUUAUGACCAGUAUCUCCUUUCUUAUCAGGCUGCUGUUACCUAAAGUACAAGUGUUAAAAGAGGAUGAGGCCAGGGAAGAAAUCAAAAGAAAUCAUUCUUCCUGCCGAGCAAAAGAUGUAACAAUGCCAGCGAAGCUUCCAGUGAAUUUUUUCUCCACGAGAUCUCCAGUGAUUGAUCUUUUCCGGGGGCAGUUGGAUUAUGCAGAUCAGCUCCGGCAGGAUUCAGAAAUUGUGCUGUAUUUCUUCUACGCGCCGUGGUGCGGGCAGUCCAUUGCAGCAAGAGGAGAAAUAGAACAUGUGGCCAGCAGAUUGUCAGACCAGGUGCUGUUUGUGGCUGUAAAUUGCUGGUGGAACCAGGGGAAAUGCAGGAAGCAGAAGCAUUUCUUUUAUUUUCCUGUGAUACACUUGUACCAUCAGAGUUUUGGACCAAUUGAAUACAAAGGCCCUAUGAGUGCUGUUUAUAUUGAAAAGUUUGUUCGCCGGGUGAUGACACCACUACUCUACAUCUCGUCUCGAUCAAAAUUACUAGAUUUCCUCUCAAAUUAUGAGCCUGGACUUGUGGGAUUUUUUGAGUUCAAUGCUUCACCUCAACCGCCUGGUUAUUUAACAUUCUUCACAUCAGCAUUACAUUCAUUAAAGAAAGAUUACCUUGGGACAAUCCGCUUUGGAGUGGUCACGAAUAAACGUGUGGCAGAGGAGAUCUCCCUGGUGCACUCUGGCAGUGUGUAUUUGCACAGACAUGCCAACACAUCUCUUAUCUAUCCAAAAGACAUCAUGAACUUCACUGCUGAGAACAUUUGCAAGUGGGCUCUGGAAAAUCGGGAGAUGCUCAUACGCUGGCUGAGACCACAUGGUGGGAAAAGCCUUCUUCUAAACAAUGAGCUGAAGAAAGGACCAGCACUUCUCAUAUUUAUACCUUAUAAUCCCCUAGCAGAAAUUCAUCCUCUUUUAGAUGAAAUUACCAAAGUGGCCUUGGAAUACCACAAGUGUAAUAAAACUGAGGCAGAUCUUCAGCACGUAGGAGACUCUGAUUCACCAGCUUUUGAUUCCUCUGUAACAGAUGCACACCUGAAGUUCUCCGAAACAUUUCCCAUAGCCAAGUACCCGUGCUGUAACACAGUGGUGCUUCCACAGUGGCACUCCAUCUCCAGAACUCACAACGUCUGUGAGCUCUGUGUUAACCAGACUCUUGGUGUCAAACCAAAUAAAGUCCAUGUGCCACACUGUAACUUUUUAGAGAUAGAAGCAGCUUUGGACUCUUUCUACCUCCAGGAACAUACCUUUUUUCAAGUAAUAUCGAAUACCAUAGAAUGCAGCAAUUUCUUAAGUUUCUAUAGUCCCUUUAGCUAUUACACUGCAUGUUGCAGGACAGUAAACAGGCAUUUUUUAAGUUUCAUUAGUUCUGAGAAGACCAUCUUUCAGACCCCCAAAGUAGCGUUUUCUUCCCAUGGGAAGAAAGAUAACACUCAAUUUUCUAUUCCUCACAUUGAGGAUAGGAAUUGUUUUAUUCCUGACCUUAAUAUUAGUAGCACGAACAUUACUGGUCUGAGCUGCAGGACCAACAAAACCUUGAAUCUCUAUCUACUGGAUUCAAAUCUUUUUUGGAUAUAUGCAGAGAGACUAGGAGCAUCAAGAUCUACUCAUCUUAAGGAAUUUGCUGCCAUUGUUGACCUGAAAGAGGAAGUGCACUAUGUCCUGGACCAGAAUCAGUCACUUGUUGGACCUACCCUGGAGAACUUCAUUAAAAAUUUCAGCGUUCUCUACAGUCCCUUGAAAAGGCAUCUGGUUGAUGACCCUUCAGUCCAUUUUCAUGAAGAGCAUGUGGUCACCGAAGUGACCACGAGCACCUUUCACCAGACCGUGUUCCUGAGUGCCAAGAAUGUCUUGCUGCUGUAUUACGCACAGUGGUGUGGAUUCUGUGCUUCUCUUAAUCACAUCUUUAUUCAACUUGCUCGGCUUUUGCCUCCUGACAGUUUCACUGUGGCAAGAAUUGAUGUGACUCGAAAUGACCUGCCCUGGGAAUUUAUGACAGACCGUCUCCCAACCAUUUUAUUUUUUCCUCAUCAGAGGAAGAAGCAAAGUGUGAAGUUCCCCGAAGACUUUUCAGUUAACCUUCCUAAUCUGCUGAAAUUUAUUUUACAUCACUCAAGUCUUUCUCCAUCAGAGCCCUGUACCAAAGAAUGCCUACAUAAAGAGUCAGUUCUACAGCAAGGACACAUCUCACACUUAGAGAGAGAAAUUCAGAAGUUAAGAUCAGAAAUCAGUGCCCUUCAUCAGGCUCAUGACCAGCUUGAAGCACAGCUUUCUGAGGCCAGGAGAGAGGAACAGAGACUACAGCAGCAAAAGCACACACUGGAAAAGCAGCACAAGAUUCUGCAGCUCCACAGUGAGCAAUUACAGGCCACGUAUGACCAGAAGAAUCAAGAAUUGUUAGAAAUGGCUGAAAAGCUUCAAGAAUUAGCUGAUGCAUCAGAAAACCUUCUUAAAGAAAAUGCUUUAUUGAGAAUUCUGGUGGCAUCAAGAGGAGGAAAGCUACAGAGCAAAGAUGAAAUUGAAGAACCCCUUCAAUCUGAGCAAACACUUUCUGAAGAUAAUGAUAUAUCACUUUCAACAGCUACUGCUGCUUUAGAGGAAGAAAGGAUUGGUAAUAUUGAUACCAUAGAGACAGAGCAUAGUAGUGGAAAUAGGACAGAAUAAUUGCUUACACAAACUCAAGUGAUGCAGUAUUGGGUAGGUAUUUAUGCAAAUUUUAUUGACAUUUAUUGUAAAUAAAGACUUCCCCCCACAUGAUCUAGAAAAAGAAAAAUCAAACGCAAUAUUUUUGUAUACUUGAACAACUUAUUAGAUACCCCCAUCUUAAGAGGAGAAUGGAAAACACUUCUGCACUUUACUAUUGCACUAACUUGCAAACACCUAUCCAUUUAAAUGAAAGAUACUGGUUUGUAGGGGCAGCAGUGUGCAGCACCUGUGACCAAGGACCAGUUAGUUUUCACUGGCUUUCUCUUACAGCUGCUAGAAGGGAAAUCAGACCUUUGAUUUAUACUCUUCCAUAAUUUCUGAAAUUUGCCCUUUACACUGCAUUCUCUUUACUGAAUUAAAAUAGAUACUUCAUCUGUGUAAUCAGUAAACUUGAAUGGACAAAGUCA